AAACCCAGCCAUUUUCGGAGGAAGAGCCAAGAGUUCUGCAUAAAGUCGCAUAAUGCCAUCGCAAAGGGCAGCUGUUUUAUGUUUCAAAAGAAGCACACUAAUAAUUAUGUUACAGUAAUUAAGACGUUGUACGAUUUGUUAUACGGUCAGUUGUACCUUGGGUAAUUUAUUAACUGAGCCAGUAUUGUGAUCCUACGAACCCGCCAAGAUGCCUGUCAACGCCAACAUUGGUUUCGAAGCCAAGAUGGAUCACGCCAGCCUGCUGAAGAAGAUCAUUGAAGCCAUCAAGGAUCUGCUGGGUGAAUGCACAUGGGAUUGCACGAAUACGGGCAUGAGCCUCCAGUCCAUGGAUAGCUCCCACGUGGCGUUGGUGAAUGUUAUGUUGAAAUGCGAGGGCUUCGAGCGGUACAAGUGCGACAGGAACUUGAACAUGGGCAUCAAUCUGAGCUCCAUGGCCAAGGUUCUCCGCUGCGCUGGCCCGGACGACAGUGUGGCCAUCAAGACCGAUGGGGAUAGCAGCAGCGCCAGCUUCAUCUUUGAGAGCCCGGACGGGGAUCGUUCUGCGGAAUUCGAGCUUAAACUGAUGAACAUAGAUGUGGAACAUUUGGGCAUUCCGGACACAGCGUACGACUGCAUCAUCAAGAUGCCAUCGCAGGAGUUUCGCCGCGUCUGCGCAGAUUUGAGCCAAUUUGGUGACAGCGUUACCAUAUCGUGUGCGAAGGCCGAUGUGCGUUUUGAGGCCCAGGGAGAUAUCGGAACAGGGCAUAUUCGUCUGGGAGCAAAAAGUGGUACAGUGGAAAAACCGGAGGAUGAGAUCUCCAUUGAAUUGGAAAACCCAGUCACGCUGACUUUCGCUCUGAAAUAUCUCAACAAUUUUGCUAAGGCUACGCCGCUGUCUCCGACGGUGCGUUUGUGUAUGUCCAACAAUCAUCCUUUGUGCAUUGAGUAUCCGAUGGUGGAGGUCGGCCACAUCCGCUACUACCUGGCUCCCAAAAUUGAAGAAGAGACCGAGUAGGAUUGACUUGCCUAGAAUUUCUGGCGUGAUUUUCUUCUCUGGCCUAUUUUAUGUGGAUAAAGUUCCUGGCUGUCUUUGCAGUUGUGUUUGGCUAUUUGCGCCUAGGCUUUGUAAUAUAUGCUGACAAAAUUUCGACGUCGGAAUGCGGGUCUUGACUUAUGCGCUGUUGCAUUCUUAUAGUAAUUGAAUGAUUUGUAUCCGCCCAUGUCUUCUUCCGUUUUAAAUCGCUCAAAUUUGCAACUGUUGUGCUACGUGCUUUAAAGUCUCGCCAUGUCUAGCGAAUGCUCCCUUGACUGAACAAACGAUUUCUUAAUUUUUUCCAUUAUUACUUUAUGUUCCACAAAAAACUUUGAACUUAACAAACUGAUGUCAUCCCAUAAAAAACGGUUUGACUUUUGAGUAUUCCUG